CUCUUCUAGUCUUCUCUUCCAGCCGUUCACCAAAGACACAAAGAAAGAGAGAGAGAGAGAGAGUUUUUCGAGGCGAACGCAGGCUGCUAGUUUGGCCAUGGUGAUGGAGCUGCUCAAUGGCCCGGUGAAGCAAGAAAUCGUUGUGCAUAAUGCAGGAGCCCAAGCAAGUGGAGGUGGCGGCGGCGCAGCCGUGGAGGCGUCGGAACACGGCUUGACGAUGACGGCGCCCACGGCCACGGCCACGCCCACCGUGAGGAUGGAGGCCAACAUGCUUGACUGCCCCAUCUGCUCCUCCCCCUUCAAGCCUCCCGUCCUCCAGUGCAAACGCGGCCACCUGGCUUGCGGCAGCUGCGUCGCCAAGCUCCCAUGGAAGCAGUGCCAGAGGUGCGACGACGGCGGCGACUUGAGCGCCUGCCCCUUUGUGGACGCCUUGGUCUCCUCCGCCAGGAUCAAGUGCGACCACGACGGCUGCGGCCGCCGCGUCAUCUACCACAAGCUCGGCGACCACAAGAGCGCGUGCCCGCUCGCGCCCUGCAAAUGCCCCAUGCCCGGCUGCGCCUUCGCCUGCGCGCCGCCGGCGCUCCCCCACCACCUCAUCGCCGUCCAUGGCGUGCCCGUGCACGCGGUUCAGUACGGCAAGGUGCUCCAGCUCGAGGUGCCGGUGUCGGAGCCGCGCCGCCUGCUGUUCGCGGAGGAGGACGGCCGCGCGUUCCUCGUGGUCGGCAGCGCGCUCGGCCCGGGCGUGCCCAUCGCCGUGUCGGUGGUGUGCGUCAGGGCCGGGGCCUCCCCACCGCCGCACUAUGCGGCCAAGGUGUGGGCGAACGGGCCGCCGGAGCCGGCAAACGGCAGGACCGACACGGUCCGAGCGGAGAUCCAGGUGACGAGCAGCAAGGAGCCUGGCACCGUCGCCGUGGAGGAGCUGACGUUCCUAACGGUGCCGCACAAGCUUCUCGCCGGUGCUGGCCCUUUCAGGACGGUGUCCCUCCACGUUCGUGUUGACAAGGUCACCUUCUAAAUGAUUCUGCUAUGCUUACUUAGGGUUCAAGAACUGGUCUUAAUAGUAUGGUUUAGUUUUAGUUUGGUUUAAUUUAGCUUAAGAGAUGAUGGCUUUUGUUAGCAAUGGAACAAUUACUUUAACGUCAGAUAAGCACUUGCUAUUUCCGCCUUGAUUAUAUGGAGGAGGUAUUUUGUGGCUGUUGGUUGUAAGAUCUUUGGGUAGCUAAUUAAUGAACCAAGCUCUAUUGAGCAAUGA